CCCACCACCCCCAUAUCAUCGCCCAAGAUACAGGAAUCCAACCCGUUGAGGCCCAGCACACCACCACGGCCACUCACAGCACGUGGCGGCGCCAGCGACCGCAGAAACAGGCUUUCAGCCAGCUUCUUGAAAACCCCAGAACAAAGCGUUGAGGGUCAACUCCCGUUCUCGCCAGCGUUGAAAAGGACUAAUUCAGGAAACUUGAAGUCCCCCGACUACAAGCUCAACCACAACACCGUCAGCUCCCCAUACAGCUCAGGCAACGUCCUCAAGACCCCAAGACACACAGGAUACGACUCCGACGAGGGAGGCAAGGGCUACUACCAGAAAAGUAAGCUCCAAAAGACCCCCCAGUUUUUCUCAUCUGCAAAAAAGUUGUUCCAGAACGAUGACCAAGCCGGAAGUCCUACAGCAAAUAAGGAGGACCUUUCUGAAAUAAGCAGCCAGCUCAAGAGCAGGCUCAGCUCGGCAUUGGGAAAGAUACAACGCGAUGACUCCCAAGCCAGCAAAAUAUCCUUCACAGAGUUGACGUUUGACUCGUCGCUAUCGCCCACAAAGAAGGUCAGACAAGGUGACCAGCCUCCAUGGACACCGUCCACCUCUGUUCAACGUGCAAACUUGAACUUACAGACAUUACAGCAAUCGCCUAUGGCUCCUCCACAUUCAGGAUCAAGCGUAUUGCAUCAAUCAAACCUAUUUCCGACAUACAAUGCCAAUUCACCGUUGAAACUGUCGCCAUUAUUCAAUUCGGAGGUCCAAGGACGCAGUGCAGUCAACCUUCCAUCGCCAGACGAAGAGUCAAGUGCACACAGUGCCCUCCUAGCAGCAUUAAGCAGACAAAGAAUAAAGUCACGUACCUCGUUUUCGAGUCCUUCAAGAAAACGAGCCUCAUUAGUGGGUGAGUCUCCGCACCCCCAAAAAUCUACCAACUCAGAUCAUCAUCCCAUCCAGUUACCUUCGUUAAACGUAGCGUUGAAACCAAGCGAAAUCAACAACGAAAAGGGCAAGAGUAAUAAUGAACAGGACGCUGUAUUAUCGUUGAUGUCGUUGUCUUCUCCUCAGGCUAUUAAGUUCUCCCACAGUCGAAACCACAGCUUGAACGAUACUUCACCAAUAUCACCUGGAGAAUCACUGUCAUUAUUAGCGAGUCCAAUUAACUCGCAGAGUCAGAGUGGUCCCCUUCAUCCCAUAUUGCCUCCAAUCUCAGGGUUGAUUCAGAGCUCUAAGAAGAAAUCCAAAAACGGUGCUGGCUCACCCAGCUCUAAACACACCACCAUCGACAAUGACGCUGACCUCACUGAAAACGAUGAAACAGACAUUGAC